AUGGGCAAGAGUAAGAGGAACAAGGGCGGUCGAGGUGGUGGUGGUGCCGAUGACCAGCUUGACGGUGGCAGCGAUGCCGAUAGCGUGACCUCCAUGUCCACUGGGCUGUCUGACAUUCAGCCCGCGCAGACCACCGAGCAUGUUAGCUCGCAGGAAUUCGUUCUUGACAAGUACAUCGACGCUCUCGACGAGAAGAGGGGAUCCACGAGAGAGGAAGCACUGGGCGCUCUUAUUGAUGCUUUUGAAAGUUUUGUGCUUCUUGGUUUAGUGGAAAACAAAUAUGUCACACUAUUGAGCCAGUUGACCAAUUCAAUUAAAAAGGGAUCUACAAAGGAGAUGUGUCUGGCUUGUCGCUGCAUUGGCUUACUGGCAAUUACACUAGGUGCUGGAAGUAGUUCGCACGAAAUAAUGGAUGAGGCGCAUCCACAACUUUUGAGAGUUCUCCAAACUUGGCCUGAUACACCAAAGAUGAUCUCCGCACUUGAUUGCUUAGCAGUUGUCACAUUUGUUGGGGCAACUGAUCUUGCUGAAACCAAGCUAUCUCUGAAAGCCAUCUGGGAUGUGAUCCAUCCAAAAUCAGGAUCAAAUGUUGGCAUUGCCAGAAAACCAAAGCCUCCUUUGUUAGCAGCUGCUGUAUCUGCAUGGGCAUUUCUUUUAACAACUGUUGGUUCAUCUAGGAGAAAUACUGAUUCUUGGAAAGAGCCAAUUACAUUUCUCUGUAGUCUUCUAGAAGCAGAGGAUCGUGCUUUGCGGAUUGCUGCUGGUGAAGCAUUAGCUCUGUGUUUUGAGCUAAAACUGCUUGAUGUUUCCUCUAGUGAUGAAGCUGAUGUCGACAGUGACGCUAGAGAGACCAGUGGUUCUAAACAUCAACUUUUCUUGAAUAUGCAAGCAUUGAAGGCCAAAAUAUCUGGUCUAGUCUAUAGUCUCUCUAUGGAGGCUGGGGGCAGAGGUGCUGACAAAAAAAAUCUUAAUGAUCAGAGAGACUUGUUCCAACGAAUCUCAGAUUUUAUUAAGAGUGGUGAGUGCCCUGAAGAAUCACUUAGGAUUUCAGGCAAGAAUGGCAUUUUAAGAGUUACAUCAUGGCGUGAAUCAAUACAGUUGAACUAUAUGAAGCGGUUUCUUGGGCGAGGAUUCCUGAAGCAUUCACAGGACAAUAAUUUGCUGCAUGAGAUAUUUGACAUCAAAAUUGAUCGUACUGAAAACAUGUCAACCACCGAAAAGAAAAUGUUUAGAUCUGAAGAAGAGAAGGGAAGAGCUCUGAAGUUGAAUAAAGAGCGUCGUCUAGCUCAGCUGGACCAUAGUAGUUGGACAAGGAUUGGAAAUUCUCAAGAGUCCAAAAUCUUUAUUGGAAAUUAUGUAACAUCUUUGAUUAUCCGCUUGAGUCGUAGUGCGAGAAUGUGA